UCGGUAGGUAGUGAAAGCUGGAAUUGAGUGAAAAAUACAGCAGGGAAGCACGUAGAACACUCUUCUUCGGGGCACCGAGGCGGGAGGAAGAAGGGGAAAGCCAAAGCCAAGACGAAGACGAAGGCUGCCAUCGCCGACGUCGGUUGUUCCCGCUUCGCAGGUCGUGUGUACGGCGGCCGCAAGCAUGCCGGUGGCGCGCAAAGGGGACGUGUCUGAAAUGGGGCUUUAUUGGACUCGAUCGACAGAAGGGUGUGUUGUCCGGGACCACCACGGUGGGACACCUGGACUGGAGGUGCGGAAUGAACCUGGUCGUAGAGAUGGUCUAGAGAGCUCGCACGUGGGCGAUAACUUGCCGGCGUCUUAUCGAUCCUCUCCCGCCUUUGGGGUCCAGGCUGAACGAGAAGAUGCUGACGUGGCCGCGUAUCGGCCGAUCGUGGUGCUUUUCGGCUGGAUGAUGAGCAAGAGGGUGCAUACGACAAAAUACGCUCAGCUGUACAAUCAGUCGGGAUGGGACACGCUGACGUGUCAUCCUCCAACUCUUCACAUGUGGCUCCCGACCAGAGCCCUGCACUUGGCAAUACAAGUUCUGGAUGAGCUUGUGAAGGAACUCCAGGGCAGACUCCGUCCUAUUGUGCUAGCAACAUUUUCUGGGGGCUCAAAGGCUUGCCAUUACAAGCUAUUACAGGAUGCAUACGGUCAUAUUCGCAGGUGUGUGGUUGGUCAGAUAUUUGACUCGAGUCCGAUUGACCAUGUGAGUAGCCUUGGAGUAAGGUUUCUCUCGAGAAGACCGGGUCACCCUGCCUCACCUGUAAGGACGGCUGCUGCCUGGGGCGCAGCAAAGCUCCUCGACUUCUUUAUGUUGUCAGAAUCUGAGCGGCAAAGGGUCGAACUGCGGCAGACCCAAGUUGCUUCUGCAGUGAUUGGUCCCAUGCUGGUGAUUUACUCCAAGGAUGAUGAUCUUGCGCCUGCAGAGUACAUAGACAGGUUUAUUGCCGACGUGACGGCCUCUGGAGGUCGUGCACACAGCCUAUGCUGGGAGAAGUCGGAGCACGUGGGUCAUCUUAGACUCCACCCCACCGAAUACUCAGCAGCUGUAAGCGCAUUCUUGUCCUCAUGUCUCAUGAUGUCACAGUCGGGACAGCACGGCGUCUUCCGUGAUCUCUUGUGUCCAGCAGGACCAGCAGGGCUGUCGAAGUCUACGAAAUUCGCAGCCUUCCAACCCACGAACUUUUCGACCACUCGUAACGAAUUCACGGCAACGGAUGCGAUCUAUGGAAGCAACAGGGAAUACGUUGACGAGUCUGACGCUCUGUUCAUGCGGGCCACGUUGCGAUCUCCUCCUGAGUAUAUCGCAUCGGACACCAUACGCUGCGAAUCGACAGGAUCGCUGCCCUAUGCAGGAGCAGUGGAGGGGGCAGGAGCAGCGGAGGGGGCUCCGGGUGAGCGGACUGCUGGCACGAAGCCGGAGAUUGAGCAGGGAAAGAGUCACAGUACCACUGAAGAAGGCGCAGGGGGAGACGCGGGGAGCGAGGGUCGGGCGUCAGGGGGUGAUCCUGCCAAUGCAAAGGCCAAAAAUUGUACAGCUGAGCAAUCUUCGUCUUUCAUCUCGCUGCAGUCUCGUCCCGUUGCAGCAGCCAACGGAGCAAAGCCAGUACCAGCAAAUGGAGGGGACAGUGCCAAAGCUGAAGCUUCGUUCUCAGGACAUGCGGCACCUUUUCUAACAUCGAAGCUUUAAAUGAAACUGGCGCAGAAGGGGGGUCAGCAAAUGCCUUCCAUUUCUUUACAGGGGUCUGCUGAACCCAUCCUUCUCUGCACUUCUCGCCGGUUUCGCCUGCUUACCACUCUCUGCGACUCCGCACCCCAAUUUCUCUGUCAUUUCAGACCUCUUUCUGGCCCUCUUUGCGGUGUUUCGGACUACCGACUUCACCCAAAUAGAACGCCCAGUCAUUGCAGCUGUUACGUGGGGUAAUUUCUAGUCCAGAUACAGUUAUACUGACCAGGUGUUCUAUUCGGGGGUGGACAAGGUAGCAACACCUGUCUUGCCACAUCCAGAAGAUAAUGAUAACAAGGUAGGUAAGGUAUGAGCCCUGACCUGGGAGGUGGGGACCACACUGUAUAGGACUCUUGUCUCCAUUCUUUCCACCCGAGCAGGGUGGGGCGGGGGGGGAAGUGGGAGAACCACACUGCUGGCCCACACAGGAGAAAAAAGCCACUUUUGUCCGAAAUACAAAGCGAAAGAGGAAGUGACUGUACAUAGACCCUCUCUCAAUAAUGGGAAAGUGGAAAAGGACCAUUUAGAUGUAGUAGGUAGUCCGUUCUUUUCGUUCACACAACUUCGCACCAAUUUCGUAAUUAAUCUUUGUAAUUACCAUUGUGUACAUUAGGCAACCAAGUUGAUGUUUCGACAGGUCUGUCUUCGAGCCACACAUGUGGUAGUAGUUCAACUGCAGUAAAUAUUGAAUAGUAAU